ACGCUCUGUGGCAUGCAGACACUUCCGGUCUCCGAGCAGGACGUUGCUACUUUGCUUACCAAGGUGGUUUGAGCCAACUCUGUGUCUUGACGGUCUUUGCGAAAGUGAACCGGUUGUUAGGGGCCCCUAACGACCUGGCGGUCAAUUAAGAGGGUAAGAAGCCCUGGCGAAGACCUGAGACAGUGGCAUGUGUCAGGCAGGAUUCCUCCUUCCUUCAAACUGCAUCACUCAGGAGUCUGCAAAUUCCCCAACAUAGGAGAAAAAAAUGACCUCAUUCAAGGUGAAAUAUGAGAAACCUGCUCAAGUGUACACAGGCAACCAAGGGAUAGGAGCAUUAGCCAUUUGGCUCAAGUGAAAGAGGAUUCUCCAUUGAACCUGUGCCCUGUGGUGUGGGUGUCUGGAGUGCCCUUUGAGCGAUGGUGUCCCUAGGUGGCGCUGCUCCUCCCUGUCCCUACUUGAUGUGACCUCUUGUCACAUGUCACUCUGACAUGGCAUCUACUCCAGACACUGAACGAAGUACACCGAUUACCAUAGUUGUUACAGAAAAUCUUUAAAUCCCUUAUGGCAAAAGAUGCCUCACACAAUGUUACCAGAAGAAAUAACAACCUGGGGCAAUAAUGUUUCCCACGUGGAUACCUAAAGAUGAUAAAAUCGAAAGUCAAAAUCUUGUACACAGAAUCAAGGAAAAACUCUAAACAGGUAGGAACAAAGGACACUAAAAGUCCAGUGUGCCAAUGUAAAAGGAGAAAUAGAAAUGGCCAAUAGCCUUGAAAAGUGAUGGUUUUCAUCUAUAAUCAAGUAAGUGAGAAUAAUAGAAUGUUCCUUAAUCAGAUUACCAAGACUGUGGGAAUAUUUAUAGCAUGCUCUUGGCCAUCAUGAAGAGAACCAAAGUACUUGUAUUCUAUUGAAAGAUUAUGGAGGAGGCAGUGACCUUCAAGGACGUAGCUGUGUUCUUCACUGAGGAGGAGCUGGGGCUGCUGGACCUUGCCCAGAGGAAGCUGUACCGAGAUGUGAUGCUGGAGAACUUCAGGAACCUGCUGUCAGUGGGGCAUCAACCAUUCCACCAAGAUGUUUUCCACUUCCUAAGGGAAGAAAAGUUUUGGAUGAUGGAGACAGCAACCCAAAGAGAAGGAAAUUCAGGAGGCAAGAUCCAAACUGAGUUGGAGUCUGUUCCAGAAGCAGGAACACAUGAGGAGUGGUCCUGCCAGCAAAUCUGGGAACAAACUACAAAUGACUUAACCAGGUCUCAGGACUAUAUCAUAAAUAACUCUCAAUUCUUUGAACAUGGUGAUUUCCCCUCCCGGGUUGAAGCAGGACUGCGCAUAAUUCACACAGGACAGAAACCUUCCCAGGGUGGGAAGUUUAAACCGUCCUUCAGUGAUGUCUCCGUCUUUGAUCUUCCUCAGCAAUUACACACAGGACAGAAGUCUCAUACAUGUGAUGAGUGUGGAAGAAGCUUCUGUUACAUCUCAGUUCUUCAUAUUCAUCAGAGAGUCCACACUGGAGAGAAACCAUUCAAAUGUGAGCAGUGUGGGAAAGGUUUCAGUCGUAGAUCAGCACUUAAUGUUCAUCAUAAAUUACACACAGGCGAGAAACCUUAUAUUUGUGAGGAAUGUGGAAAGGCCUUCAUUCACGAUUCCAAGCUUAAGGAACAUAAGAGAAUCCAUACUGGGGAGAAGCCAUUCAAAUGUGAUGUAUGUGGUAAGAGCUUCCAUUUUAAGUCAAGACUUAAGAGCCAUUCUAUGGUUCACACAGGAGAAAAACCAUUUAGGUGUGAUACAUGUGAUAAGAGCUUUCAUCAGAGAUCAGCACUUAAUAGGCAUUGCAUGGUCCACACAAGAGAGAAACCAUACAAAUGUGAGCAGUGUGGAAAAGGCUUCAUUGGUAGGCUAGAUUUUUAUAAGCAUCAGGUGGUCCACACAGGAGAGAAACCAUAUAAUUGUAAAGAAUGUGGGAAGAGCUUCAGAUGGUCCUCACGCCUUUUGAACCAUCAGCGAGUCCACAGUGGAGAAAAACCCUUCAAAUGUGAAGAAUGUGGGAAGGAAUUUUAUACAAAUUCACAACUGUCCUCCCAUCAGAGAGCCCACAAUGGAGAAAAGCCAUAUAAAUGUGAGGAGUGUGGGAAGGGCUACAUUAGUAGGUUUAAUCUUGACUUGCACAAGAGGAUCCACACAGGAGAGAGACCUUAUAAUUGUAAGGAAUGUGGGAAGAGCUUUAGCCGGGCCUCAAGUAUUUUGAAUCAUAAGAGACUCCACUGCCGUAAAAAACCAUUCAAAUGUGAGGACUGUGGAAAGAGACUUGUACACAGGACAUACCAUAAAGACCAACAGAGAGACCACGGUGGGGAAAACCCAUCCAAAUGUGAGGACUGUGGGAAACGCUACAAGAGACGCUUGAAUCUGGAUAUACUUUUAUCAUUAUUUUUAAAUGACACAUAAUUGUUAAUAUUUAUGGGGUACGGUGUGUUAUUUUAAUAUGUGCAUAUAAUUUAUGAUGAAA